AUGAGCGAAGAUACAGAGGAUAGAAUUCUCUGCAUGCAGCAUUGUACUAAUCAAAUGAAUAUUUUCUUCUCAAAGUUUCCGGAGACAUGUCCACUGUGUGGUAAAUCACUGAAAGGUUGUUCUUUGAUAAUUCCGCCUUUCCGUGUUCCAAGUCCAUUUUUGUCGCAAAAUGACAGUUCGUGCUCUUUUGUGGUGAAGCCGACGAGGGGCUCUUUCUUGAGGUAAGAACUGAAACCCAUUGUGGUAGGAUUUCCGUAUAAUCUCUUACUAUAUAUUCUAAAACAAAGCCGUAGACUCAAAGGCUAUCCGCCAUUAUUUUCUUUAUCCAAGAACUGUAUGCAUAAUUAAGUAAGGGGCUGUACGGAAAUCUUGUCCCUAAUGUUUCAUGAGAUUAGUGCUUUUCUCCAUGGGUAUGGAGGGGUACUGGGAAACUACCGAGAGAAUCUGGCCAAACACUAGAGGAUGAUUGGUGAGGGACAAUAGUUGCAAACAUCCCAUCCAGGGAGCAAGUAUCAAUACUCGGUAAAGGUAAAGAAUCCGAUCCUAUCGACGCGUCGGUCGACGUUUGCUUUGGAAAACCAAACAAGGUACAUCUGGAUGGAUGGGCCACUUGGUAUAUCUUCAGACUUCUAUCCCUGUGGGAUCAUUAGAGCAUUAACACAAGGCCUGGUUUUCAAGUGAGCUUCUCAAUUGCAUCAACCCUUGCUCUCCCAAGAUCUAAAUAGAGAUUCCUCUAACUGUCUGCCAUACAUUUCUUUUAGUGGUGAUUCAGAGAAUUUGAUGUUCAAUCAAAUAACAGUUUCCUGAUUGAUAUCUUUCAUUAUUCUUAACACUUGUCUGCUUGAUAUGAUAUUGAUAUUGUAAGGAGAAAUGAUGUCUUGGUCACUUCUGGGAAUGAAAGGUUUAAAAAGUUGGAUUUCCAUAAUGAUCUUGUUGGUCACAUGGAAAGAAGGCCUUAAAAAAAAAUUGCAAUUUUUUUCUAAGGGGGGAGGGGUAGUUACAGUCAAAUUCUUUUGAGGCUUUGUUGAGAAGAUUCUUCUUUUGUUUCAUUCAAGGGUAAGAUUUUUAUUGAUUAGAAAUAUAUUUACUUUGCAGAGAAUAUAAAAGUGGAGAUAAUCUUCAUGUUGGAAUUACCUCCUCAAAUGGAAUGGUUUAUAAUUUUGAUGAACUUGGGCUUCAUGCAGAUAGAACUGGCUGGGAACAGUGUCUUGUUGUAGGCAUAACUGAAAUUAAAGAUUUUACUUCAGAGCUUUGGGACUCCAGACUAAAACAGAUGUAUAGCAGUAGUCUAUGGACUCCAGAAGAGUAUGUUUUAUCGAUACUAUAGUUUAGGUAUUGUUAUCUUACAAUGAGUUUUCUGGUGAUAUAUUUUUUUUGGAACAUAAUGAGAAAACGCAUUAUGUCUCCUAUACAUGCAUGAGUAAUGGUGUAUGUUACAAACAGUCACGUUUAUUUUUAAUCAGUUUCUUCAUGUAACCUUUAGUCACACGUUGCAGUUUGGUUUGUACAGGACACACCUUGAUUUUGUGGCUUGUUUUUGAUUCAUCUGUUUUAUAUCAAAUGACUUGUAUAUAGUUUCUGACACUUCAAGACCAACAUAUACAAUAAACAAGGUUCAAUCGAGGAUACAAGUUGUUCUUUUCUUUACAACUUUAUGACAGUGUACAUAACAAUUUGUAGGUAUUAUUUAUCAACCCUUCACAUUCUAAUAUCAGUGUGGAUUUUCUCUAUACAUUUCCUGAGGUACUGACAAGGAGAAUUUGUUCAACAUUCAAAGCUUCUCUAGUUGAUCAUUUCCUUCAUUCUCGUGACCUUAAUAUGUGAUUCAGGGGUGAUAUUGUAAGGAGAAAUUAGAUUCUAGUCACUUUUAUGGGUCAAAGGGUUAAGAUGAGGAGCACUGAUCAACAGGCUCUGGUAGAAACCUUUCUUUCCUUGCAUCUAUCCAGCUGAUAAAAAGACAAAAAAGAUGAAUACAUUAUUGGUAGUGAUUUGAGUAUAGUUUUGCAUUUAAAUUGAUCUAUAGUGUAAAGCCUUUGGUGAAAGUGAACUUUUUAAGCUACACCAAAUUCUUUCCAUGUUUUUCAAAGGAAUAACUGACAGUUUUAAGGGAGAAUCUAGUAGUCAAUCAGAAUUCACUGAAGAGUUCAUUCCCUCUUACUGGUACCUCAUCAUUAAGAGUAUUUUUUGAUUAUUAUUUUUAGGUAUGAUGAACACAACAAUAAUUGCUAUGAUUUUGCUCUUGGCUUCCUGAAUCAGUUUUUGCCAACAAAUAUGGAACCCUUCAAAAAGCUGGAUUUUUGUAAAAAUUAUAUUCUCCCAUGGACUAUAAGAGCUGCUCAGUAUAUUGAUUUAUUUAGACGAGUGCAAGAUGCUGGUGGAGUUGCUGUGGAAAGGUGUCGGAGAUGAUGUCUGUGUUGUGAUACUUAUGAAUUUAUCAGGGGAAAUGGAGGAAUUAUUGAAUCAUUAAACAAAUGUUCUUCGUGUCAGUCUGAUUUGUUGUGUAAUUGCUUUUCAACCCUUUAACUCCCAGAAGUGAUUAACAUGUAAUCUCUCCCUAUAAUUUACAUACAUUAUCCAGCAAGCAGGUAAUGAGAAUACCUAAACUUAUCAGGUGCAAGUUUUUAUCUUGAUUUAAAACCAAACACUUGUCACUAAUUUACAAGGAAGUCUGUAGGAAGUGUAGGGAG